AUGCGGCGCACGCGAAUUGCACCCGCUCGCGUCGCCGUCAGCUCGGAGCCUCGCGCGCGCCCCGCUGCGAUCCGCACCAUGGAAGCCCUCGUUGCCUCCGACAACACUCAAAGCACGGACGGCCGGCCAUCGUCGUUGUCGCUCGCUGAACCUGAACCGUCCGUCUGUCUCCACGUGGCGUUGCCUGAUGGCUUCUCCCUCCCCGCCGCCGUUUGCAGCUACGGAUUCUUUAUGAUGGCGCCGACCGUCUGGAUUCCGCCACGUGUCAGUGAAUCAACGGCACAAGAGGGGCUGGGAGUGAAGAGCGAGGCAGAGGAGGCGGCGGGAGAACCAGGGAGCGCGGAAGGAGGCAGGCGGGAGGCGGGGGAUGGGCGGGAGGGGGCGGAGGGGAGCGGGACGGCCGAGAGGAAAGGGCUCGAUGAGGAGGGGGAGCGGGGGAGCAGUGGGAACGCAUGGGGAGGGGGAGAGCAAGCAUGGGGAGCGAUGGAGCGGCCACUGAGGCUGGCUGAUGGGCGAGCGGUGAUGGUGCGAAUCACACAGCAUGGCGCUGCUGACGUCACACACCAUGGCGCUGCUGACGUCACACACCAUGGCGCUGCUGACGUCACACACCAUGGCGCUGCUGACGUCACACAGCAUGGCGCUGCUGACGUCACACAACAUUGCAGUGCUGACGUGACACAGCAUGACGCUGCUGACGUCUUGGAACGUUCCAGUGGCGACGGCAGCGCAGGCGUGAAGGAGGAGCCUGUUGACGCCCUGUGCGACACGCAUGCCCCCACCGCCAUCAGAAGCGCCACUGCUGAUGCUGCUGCUGCUGGCAGUGGUACGAGAGUGGCGGUGCGGCAAGGCACAUGGCUGCGAGUGAGGGUGAUGGGGUUGGCGCGCAUCACUGCAGCGGACCAUGCACACCUGCUUAUCCGUCCCACACUAGAUCCGUCCCACACUAGAUCCGCCCCACACCAUAUCCGUCCCUCUCAUCCCGCGCGCUGUCCUCCCUACGUGCAUCGCCGCCAACCUCACGUGCACCCAUUGCCGCACCUCACGUUCACCCAUUGCCGCACCUCCGUCCCGCCCGCGCCUGCCCUCUCACCACCCCUGCAGGCGCAGGUGAGGCGCAUGCUGCGGCUGUCACCCACCUGCCAGGCCGCCGUGCACGCCUUCCACCGCCGCCACCCCGCCGCCGCUGCUGCCGGCUUUGGGCGGCUCUUCCGGUCGCCGUCGCUCUUUGAGGACAUCGUGAAGGCGCAGCUGCUGUGCAACUGUGAGUGA